AUGAAAGCUGUAAAUGGUAGAUCGCCCAUUACUCGCAACCUUACGCCGUUGUUCACGCGACAUCGGGAUCGUCGGGCGGCGAGGAAGCUAGGUGGUGGACUGCAUGGCGACGUAGAUCGCCUGCUGGAUGUGGAGGGCGGUCGAAAAGAGGUUUCACUGGAGAUGGCCCCAUUGCCACCCCAAUGGGUGGAAGCAGCAGAGCAGGCCAGAGAGGAUAUCAAGUCCAUCAAAGACAAGCUGGUUCAGUUGGAGAAAGCUCAGUCCAAGCGACUCAUUCGAGUCUUCUCGGACGACAAGACUCCUGACAAGGAGGUGGAGCGAAUAUCCAAUGAAGUCUCAAAUCUUGUCAAAAGAUGCGAGAACUCGAUCCACCAGGUGAAGACCCGUGGAACUGCUCUUGCCUCUGAGAAAGAUCGAGA